AUGAAUCUGAAUGAAAGUGGCCUGGGCAGAAGAUCAGGAGACAGGGACGAAAUGAGUAAAGCAACAAGCAGUGGAACGCAGGUAUGGAUAUAAGGCAAAUGAUGAGUGCUAUCCUUUGCUAGCAUACAGUGAAGAAUGUGAUAGUCAAAAACCUUCUUGAGGUCUAUGAAGACUACAAAGAGUGGUUGCCAUUUUUCCCUGCAUUUCUCCUGCAGCUGUUGGAGGGAGAACACCAUAUCAAUAGUUGACAUAUCAGCUUGGAGUGCAAAUUGCAAUUCAUUCUGAGUAGACUCUCUGCCAAACCCUGGGGCCUCUUAAGUGCUACUUGUGCAAACAGCUUCGCUAUGAUGCAAAGGAGAGAGAUGCCAUGGUAGUUAUUGCAGUCACUCCUAUUGCCUUUGUUCUUGAAUUGGGUGACAAUCUUUGCAUUCCUCAUGUCCUGUGGCACUUCACCUUUCUCCAGCAGAGACAAAGAGAUGAUGAUUCCUUUGCAACACUUCAGGACUUUGGUCUUGUACCAAAAGCCAUCGUAGAAGUCAGAAAUACAGACACUACUGCACUGACAUAG